AUGAGAGGAACUGAUCUUGCUGCUGCUCCGUAUAGUACUCAGAAAUCAUCUGUUCUACCUCCUUUUCAGGAGCUCCAAGUAAUGAGGUGGAGCCUGAAUUUGUUCAGAACACAAAUCAUGGAUUUAGAAUUGGCUAUGCUGCAUCAGCAAACCAUGGUUUAUCAUCAUAUGACUGAGGAGGAAAGGUAUGAAGUUGACCAGCUCCAGAGUUUGAGAAAUUCAGUCCGAAUGGAACUCCAGGACCUGGAACAGCAGCUGGAGGAACGCCUGCUGGGACUGGAGGAGCAGCUUCAUGCUGGGCGUGGGUCUUCACCCUUCCGCUCCUCAGCACUGGUGGGAAUGUAUGGCAUUACUGAACUGAUGCAGGAACGGUCAUACCUGAAGUCUCAACUGGGCCUGGGAUUUGGAGAAAUGGGAUUUGAAACUCCUCCUGGAGAAAGCUCAGAAUCUGUUUUCUCCCAGGCAACAUCGGAGUCAUCCUCUGUAUGUUCUGGUCCUUCUCAUGCUAAUAGGAGAACUGGAGUACCUUCU